AUGCCGUCGACGUGGGGCGUGGUGGCUGGGGUUGUUGGCACCACUGGCCGUGCACUGCAGAAUCUUCGGUUGGAGGAUGCCAGUGAGCGAACACUGCAACUCGCUGGAAUGGAGGGGAUCGAAGAGGUCUGGAAGUUUGAGAAGAAGCUACGAAUUCCUGGCUUGGAAGGGACCACCAGUUGCAGACGAUUGCGAGGCUUUGUACAGAAGGACUUGGUUGCAACACUUUUGGACCAUGUCCAACGCAGCAAGCGCUACAACACGCAGCGGGAUUCCGUGGAUGACAUGGUGUCCUUUGAGUACUACCCCAUGAUCAAUGGGACCUGGCUGGAUUCUUCCCUGGGUGAAUUCUUCAACGACCUUUUGCAGCACGUGCUUUUGCCCUACGUCCGCACGGCCUACAACUGCAAGAGCUGUGCCGUGGGGGACAUCCUCAUCCGAAGGUAUUUGGCUGACGAACGACGAACUCACCAACUUCACUUUGAUAGUCACGCUUUUGCAACAGUUGUCCUUGGUUUGACUCCACCGGACGAAUAUCAAGGAGGACUCUAUGUGCAGCCCACACCACACGUGCGUUCGCGGCGCUUUGUACACUUGGACCCUGGAGAUGUCUUCGUCCAUUCCUUUGAUUUGCAGCAUGGGGUUCGAGUCUGGCAGGGCGCACGACACAGCUUGGUGCUUUGGAUCAAGAGCUCAGAGAAGGCGGUGGCCGAAGGUACCACACCGUGGUAUGAUGAGGCGGCUGCCAAUGGGGACCCAGAUGCCAUGUUCAACGUGGCUACGCAGUAUCUGCAGGGAGCAGCUGGGGAGGUGGAUCUGCAGAAAGCCUUGACGUGGUAUGAGAAGGCUGCUUUGAUGGGACAUUGCGACGCCCAAAACCACCUGAGCUUGUUGCUCCGUGAUGGUCACGUCGACCAGUCGCUGCACUGGCUGCGCUUGGCGGCGAAAUCCGGAAGCGCCACGGCACAGAAGGGCUUAGCCUUCGCCUAUGCCAACGGCGCUGGUUUCCCGGCGCCCCAUUUGUCGAAGGCAGCGAAGUGGAUGCGCCGGGCAGCGGAGCAGGACGACUUGGAAGCGGCCUACGUGCUGUCCACGAUGUACCAGCAGGGACACGGUCUUCCAGUGGACCCAGCCGCUGCGGUCCAUUGGUUGCAGCUUAGCGCCCAGGGAGGCUACAGCGAGGCCCAGCGGGACAUGGCGCUGCACGAGUGGCGCAAGAGGCCGCGCAAUGAGAGCGGCUACGACUUCUGGCUGCGCCGUGCUGCCAAGCAGCGGGACAGCGCUGCCAUGCACCGCUUGGCGCAGACGGCGGAGCCGAGAGAUGCGGUGAAACUCUGGCGGGAACUCGUCAAGUCGGGGGAUGCUGAGGCCCAGUUCCAGCUGGGCCGUUGCUACGCCAGCGGCUAUGGCAACUUACCGCUGAAGCCCAGCAAGGCGCAGGCCUUGUUUCGCAAGGCUUCGGCGCAGGGCCAUGCGAAGGCGAUGGAGGAGCUGAAGGAUCUGAAGGAACUGGAAAAAGGUGGAAAAAGAUAUGGAACUGAUGGGUGA